AAUUAUCAAGAGAAUUCUGGCAAGGUGUAAGGUGCUAAGUGUUUACCUACAUUUUAAAUUAAUGGCUAAGUAAAUAUAAGAUAAUCAAAAGACCCGACCCAUUUUCAGUUUGGUGUUAGCUUUCGCGGGAGUUAGAUGGUGGAUCAGCCUGCCCAGUUUAAAAACAUUGUUCGGCUUACGCAUCGAUAUAUUUAAAUAUCCUGUUCGUUGAUUAAAGUGCAUAGUUAUCGGUGCGAUGUCUGGUGAACAAGAAGUAAAUGUUCAAACCACAGGAAUAGAAAAUUUAAAAAUUGAAAAUGGUGACUCCCCUGCUCCUCCUUCUCCCGUUCCCUCUUCACCGACGAGCGUAACAUUCGAAGACAACUUCAAAGUAUUCGCAAAAUUCGGGGACCCGAAGUCAGAUGGCAAGCAAAUCACCCUGUCCAACAGCGACAAAUGGAUGAAGCAAGCAAAGAUCAUCGACGGGAAAAAGAUCACGACCACGGAUACUGGCAUCUACUUCAAAAAGCUGAAGUCAUUGAAAGUUGGAAUCGUCCAGUACAAACAGUUCUUGGAGGACCUGGCGAAAAAUAAGAAAGUCGAAGUUGAAGAGAUGAUGACGAAGUUGACAACUUGUGGACCUCCAGGACAUCACGGUGUUGGGCCAGUGAAAGCUACUAGCACAGUGGACAGACUCACCGACUCAUCGAAGUACACUGGAACGCACAAGCAAAGGUUCGACGAAUCGGGUAAAGGCAAAGGCGUGGCAGGAAGGAAAAAUUUGACGGACGAUUCUGGUUACGUGACAGGUUAUCAGAAUAAAGAUACUUACAAAAAGAAUUGAAUAUUCUAGACAGACAUAUGUACUCGACAAAUCGAUAUUUUUGUACAUAUUUAAUAUUUGUUUAGGGAAAAUCAGCUUAUCAUAAUAUAUACAGUGUGUUUCGAUGUUUUUUUUUGGGAAAAACUUAUUAUGAUAAAGUCAAAUAGAAAUUUCAAAAACCGAAUCUAUUUAUAAAGAGAUAAAUUUUUCCUCUAAAGUUGAAAAUUGUUCAGCGAGAUGGUGUGAAAAUAUGAAAGACUUAAAAUUGUAAACUAAAAAUGUUCUAACGACCACAAAAAUUGAGUAUUUCGAGAUUUAAUAUAUACCCACAUGGUUAACGCUAAUACCUAAGUAUCCAUACUUUUACUUUCACUACAAUCAUUGAAUGUGUGAUUGUUACAAGCUUUUUGGGUCUGUGACAAAUGUUGUUUUUUGUUACUGAACGUAUUCAUAAAUACACAGAGUUUCCCAGGUGGAAAUGUAA